AUGUGUUGCAACUACCUUGGAAACUACUAUGGCAGCUAUGGCUGUGGCCUUGGCUAUGGCUGUGGCCUUGGCUAUGGCUCCCGCUAUGGCUGUGGCUAUGGUUCCGGAUAUGGCUGUGGCUAUGGUUCUGGAUAUGGCUGUGGUUACGGGUCCAGAUAUGGUUGUGGUUAUGGUUCCGGAUAUGGCUGUGGCUAUGGUUCCAGAUAUGGCUGUGGCUAUGGUUCUGGAUAUGGUUGUGGCUAUGGUUCCGGAUAUGGCUGUGGCUACGGUUCUGGAUGUGGGGCUUCCUGGUGUAGCUACCAACCAGUUGUUUACAGGAGUUGCUAUUCUUCCUGUUGCUAA